UGAAAAAUAUAAAUAAUAUAGGUCUAAAAUAGAAACCCUACAAACGCCGAGUCGAGUUGAACCUUUUACCCAGCUGCGACUCACCAUUCCCAAACUCAAAUUCCUAUUAACUCUACAAACAUUUCAGAUAUGGGUUUAUGUUGGCUUGAAGAAUGGUGGAGCUGAGUCAAGAUGUGGGAACAGUUCGUUGUGGGAUAUACUUAGUGAAGUACUUUUUUGAUAAAUCUUUAUAGGAAGUGUUGUAUAGAAUGAAGGAAGAUUUAGAAGGCUGCAGUUCUAGUAAGAGAGCUAGGCAAGCUGAAGAUGUUGGACCAUCUUAUUCAGCUUUUCUCUCUGAUGAGGAAGAGGAACCUGAGCGUGUCGUUGGUUAUGGUAGAAGUAGAGGAAAACAAUUGAUGGGAGAUAGGGACUUGGCAUUAAAUUUUACUCCACUUCGGUCAUUAGGGUAUGUUGAUCCAGGUUGGGAGCAUGGUGUUGCUCAAGAUGAGAAGAAGAAAAAGGUCAAAUGCAAUUAUUGCGGGAAGGUGGUUAGUGGAGGUGUUAAUCGGUUUAAACAACAUCUUGCUAGAAUUCCAGGAGAAGUAGCACCUUGUAAUAAUGCUCCUGAGGAUGUGUAUCUUAAAAUAAAAGAGAAUAUGAAAUGGCACCGUACUGGGAGGAGACAAAAAUGGCCUUAUUUUAAGGACCAAUCAACUUUUUAUAUACAGCCAAAUAAUGGAGAUAAAAUGAAUGAGCAAGAGGAGGAAGCUUUAAAUCAAAUGAGCAAGGAGAGAUUGGCAGUUUCUGAUAGAAGACUGAGAAAAGAUUUGAGAAUGGCUUUUAAGGAGAUGUCUCCUCACGAUAGUUUCGAACCAUUACUGAAAAAAUUAAGAUUGGAUUCUGAUUCUCUGAAUUCACCACACAGUCAGACUCUUCCAUCCUACAAACGAACAAACUCAAAAAGAGGAUCUGGUAAAAGGUCCCGCAAGGAAGUUGUAUCUGCCAUUUCAAAAUUUUUUUACCAUGCAGGAGUUCCUUUACAAGCAGCAGACUCACAAUACUUUCAUAGUAUGCUUGAGUUGGUUGGUCAAUAUGGACAGGGGUUAGUAGGCCCUACAAGUCAACUGAUAUCUGGUCACUUGCUACAGGAAGAAAUUGCAACUAUUAGAAAAAACCUAGUUAAGUUUAGAGCUUUUUGGGCAAUUACUGGUUGUUCAAUCAUUGCAGAUAGUUGGACAGACAUUGAGGGUAGAGUAUUGCUCAAUUUUGUAGUUUCUUCCCCCCAUGGUUCAUACUUUGUUUCUUCAGUUGAUGCCACUGAUGUUGUGGAAAAUGCUCUAAAUUUGUUUAAGUUGUUGGACAAAGUGGUUGAAGAGGUGGGCGAGGAAAAUGUGGUUCAGGUUAUCACUGAGAAUACCCCCAGUUAUAAGGCUGCUGGGAAGAUGCUUGAAGAGAAGAGAAGGAAUCUAUUCUGGAUGCCUUGUGCAACCUACUGUAUUGACAAGAUGCUUGAAGAUCUUCUUAAGUUCAAAUGUGUUUCUGAAUGUAUGGAAAAGGCGCAAAAAAUUACAAAGUUUAUCUACAAUCAAGUUUCUUUGCUAAAUUUAAUGAAGAAAGAAUUUACCCAAGAACAAGAACUUCUAAGGCCUUCAGUUACCCGAUAUGCCUCCAGCUUCACUACUUUGAAUAACUUACUGGCCCGCAGGAUUGAUCUUAGAAGAAUGUUUCAAUCAAACAUAUGGAUAUCAUCUCAGUUUUCUAGAACUGAUGAGGGAAAAGAGGUGGAAAAGACUGUUUUAAGUGCUACAUUUUGGAAGAAGGUGAUAUAUGUUUUGAAAUCAGUGGAGCCAAUAAUGCAAGUUCUUCAAAAGGUUAAUACUGGUGAAAGCCAGUCCACGCCAUACAUAUAUAAUGACAUAUACAGGGCAAAGGUUGCAAUUAAAUCCUUUCACAGUGAUGAUGUUCGCAAAUAUGGACCAUUCUGGAGCGUGAUAGAUGAUCAGUGGAACUUGUUAAUCCACCACCCUUUAUAUGUGGCUGCUUAUUUCUUGAAUCCAUCUUACAGAUAUCAUCCCCAUUUUGUGGCGCAUCCAGAGGUGGUGCGAGGACUAAAUGAAUGCAUUGUUCGGCUGGAGCCUGACAAUGCAAAAAGGAUUGCUGCUAUUUCACAGAUCUCUGAUUAUGGUUCUGCAAAAGCUGAUUUUGGAACUGAAUUGGCAAUUAGUACUAGAAUGGAGCUUGAUCCAGCUGCAUGGUGGCAACAACACGGGAUAAGUUGCUUAGAGCUGCAAAGGAUAGCUGUACGCAUAUUAAGUCAAACGUGCACAUCCAUUCAAUGUGAGCAUAACUGGAGCAUAUAUGAUCAGGUCCACCGACAAAGACAUAGUCGUGCUGCCCAGAAAACAAUUAAUGAUCUUACCUAUGUUCACUACAAUUUGCGUCUUAGAGAACGCCAUGUAAAGAAGAGGUCCGAUGAUUCAAUCUCCUUAGACAGUGUUCUUCAAGAACAUUUACUGGAUGACUGGAUUGUCGUAGGAGAGAAACAAGCAUCACAAGAUGAGGGAACUCCUUACGAGGAAAAUGGAACUGCAUACGAUGAUGAAUAUAAGGAUGAUAUGAUUGAUGAUUAUGAAGAUGGAAAUGCAGAGGGAAGGUAUAGAUCCAUGGAGCUAUUGUCAAUGGCUGAUAUGGAACUUGUUAAAGUUGUCUCUGCCACAGAUGAUGCUGCUGAUAUGAAUAUUUUCGAUGAUGAAUCUGAGUGACUAUUUUGAGUUAUCCGUCAAACUAACAUAGGAGUAGAUAGCCCUUUUGAUAAUUGCAUUUACUGGCAAUUGCUCUAAUCAUGUACUUUUGUUGAUCACUCUGUAAAGAUAUACAAGCAAUGAAUUAAGCUAACCAAAUGCCUUGGACUUUCGAGUCUAAUAUUUACUCAUUUUGCACUUGAAGGAUUGAGUUGCCAUAAUUUUGAAGAAUCUGUACACUUAAUCAUAUUCUAACACAGUAGUCAUUAGAUUUUGUUAAUACCAUUUGUUAUUCUAAACCUUGACCUCUUAAUAUUUUAUUGUUGUUCUCUUUUAA